GCGCCGCUAAGCCGCUGAAGAGCUCCAGUGUGACACGCGCAUGCAGAGGGAGAGUGCAGCGAGCGAACCAGCCGAUCACCGCGUAGUGAUGGAAAGCAUUAAGCUCUUCCUCUACACCUUUCUCGUGUCUCAUUACUUGUGGAGCGUCGUCUUCAUCUUGUGGCUCUUCGUCAACGGGACGCCCACAGAGCUCACCAACUAUGGAUUGCUUCAUUGAAGUUGGCGAGGACGAGCGCAGAGACACGCGUCCGAGGCGAUAUGGACAGUUGUGAAAUUUUUGCGCUUCCUCAUCUGCGAAACCAAGCAGGAUUUCCGCAGGAUAUCCGUUUCACAUAACGCUUCACCCUGAAAUGCAGAAUGUUUAGCUAGUUGUGGUGAAAGCGGCCGUUAGAAUAGUGCGUGCGUGACGGCUCUUUCCCCCCUGCAGGCAAUCAAUUAGGUACAGUCUUGCUAAGUGAACUUUAAUUCGUCCAUUUGGAAGAAGUCAGCCAUGGCUCUUCCAGAUAGUAGUAUAUCGGUUGAGGAGGUAUCAUUCCCGGAGAUCAUCGAGCUGAAUGUCGGCGGUCAGGUGUACAUAACGCGCUACUCCACACUCACGAGUGUGCCACACUCUCUUUUGUGGGAAAUGUUCAGCCGUAAGUCGGCUAAAGGAUUGGCCAGGGACACCAAAGGGCGUUUCUUUGUGGACCGGGACGGCUUUCUUUUCCGCUACAUCCUGGACUACAUGCGGGACCAGCAGCUGGUCCUUCCAGACCACUUCCCCGAGCGGGGACGGCUGCAGCGGGAGGCGGAGUUCUUCAACCUUCCCGAGCUGGUCAAACAGUUGGCGCCCAAAAUCAGCAAGCAGAACUCGCUGGGCGACGACUGCUGUCAGAGUGACCCGGAGGACUCCUCGCCCGGGGUGGACGCCGCCCGGAAUCUGGGGUCGCUCGGCGCGGCGGCGGCAGCCUGCGCCAGCCUGGUGCCCAGCUCCAUGGACGGGAAGCGGUCCGGCUUCAUCACCAUCGGCUACCGUGGCUCGUACACCCUGGGUCGCGACAGCCACACCGAUGCCAAAUUUCGUCGGGUGGCCCGAAUCAUGGUCUGCGGGAAGACCUCCCUGGCCAAAGAGGUCUUCGGGGAGACCCUGAACGAGAGCCGCGACCCGGACCGCCCACCGGAGCGCUACACGUCCCGCUACUAUCUCAAGUUCACCUUCCUGGAGCAGGCCUUCGACAAGCUGGCCGACGCCGGUUUCCACAUGGUGGCCUGUAACUCCACAGGCACCUGCGCCUUUGCCCACGAGCAGACGGACGACAAGAUCUGGACCAGCUACACUGAAUAUGUGUUCUACCGUGAGUGACGCUGUCGAACCCCACCCCCCUCCCCACCACCUUGUCUGCAAGUGUCCCCUUCCAGCCUCAAGCUCUCUCUCUAGUAGAUGUACUGUAGAUGUUCUGCUUUGGGCUCCACGCAAUUCCUCCCAUGAACAGUUCCCCACGAGUGACUCUUUCCACCUCCUCCCUCGUCCCCAGACCCCGUCAGCUUGACCCCCCCACCCCCCGCAUCUGAUCUAGAUGUCGUCUUGACCACACUGCAGCUCCCCUUGCAGAAGACGGACCUUCUUUAUCCAACCCCUCUUCAUAUUUCAUCUGCCUCUCUGAAAGCACAACUCUUUCUAUGAUCUAACUUAGUUCACACACAAGCCCCGGGGUAUGGGCGUUACGAAAAAGGGCUUCAAAAAAGUGGCCAUCUUGUACUGUGUAAUGUCCCUUCUGGCCCAACUCUGUCCUGCUCCUCUGAAAUAAAUCACCGCCAUAAUCGGACUUCUUAUAAGCCUCGAGGGGGACAUGGGAGCUAAAAGAAGCAACAUGUCCUGCGUUAUCAUGUCCUGUAUCAUGUGACUAGGCUUGUGCCAUAGUGGACUUGUCAGUUCUCAGUUGUUGCUUUCAGAGACAAUAGAAACAGAUAAGAAGGAUGCUUCGAGUUUUCUUUUGAGUGCUUAAAAAGUAAUGAAAGGCAGAAUAUAACAAGACCUGGUGGACACAACACAAAGGUUGUACUAGAGUCCACACUGUGCCAAAGGGCCUUUUAGUCGUUUAAUCAGCCACGCUAAGCAGGCUGAGAACCCAAAGGGGAAGGCGGUGUUGCGCCACUUGCAUCAUACUGCUGCUCAAUAUUUUUUUUAACAUUCCGUCGCUCAGUAACCUCGACUGCGCCAUGUUUCAACCUCACCACGGAGGCUUAAGUCAUGAUUUCAUUUCAGUAUUGUUUGAAGCUGUUACGUAGUUAACGUGAAUAGCCGAACGGGAAUGGUUGAAUUAUGCUGUUGUUGGCCCAAAUCUGAUUAUUUCGCUCCGCUGUAGCUAAACCACUGCUCAAGAAUCGUCUGCAAAUCAUGAACAUACCUCAGAUUACGCCCACAGUUGGCAAAAUAGUUUAAGCACACUCGCUGGUAAAAUAUUAACAAACACUGAGUGUGUAUGAGUGCAAGUAAAAGGAGUCAUCAAGGUUUUUGUCUGACAUUUGUUGUGAAAUGUAUGACGGAACGUCUGCGUUGAAAUGUUAGACUCGUCGGUAAAGGCAAAGUGUUCAACUAAAAGAUUUGUCAAAUAAAGGUUGUUCUUUCUAUUUCAU